CGGAUGUGAGCAGCUGCGAGCGAGGAGGCUGAGACCUGGGCCGGAGUGAUGCCUGCGCGCAGCCGCCACCGCCCCCGCCUCCACUCUAGCUCCCCUCCCCAGACUCCGCCCCCGCAGCCUGAGGAGCUGCACUCCCGCGAGGCCCGGAGGGCCCGGGACUCCGACGGCGGGUCGGACGCCGACUCGGAGGUGGGUCCCGGGAGUCCGACUUGGACGGCGGAGGCAGUGGAGGAGGAAAUGGCAGGUCCUAAUCAACUCUGCAUUCGCCGCUGGACUACCAGGCAUGUAGCUGUUUGGCUGAAGGAUGAAGGUUUUUUUGAGUAUGUGGACAUUUUAUGCAAUAAGCACCGACUUGAUGGAAUCACGUUGCUGACAUUGACUGAAUAUGAUCUCCGGUCUCCUCCUCUGGAAAUCAAAGUCUUAGGGGAUAUUAAAAGGUUAAUGCUGUCAGUCCGAAAAUUGCAGAAAAUACACAUUGAUGUUUUAGAAGAGAUGGGAUACAACAGUGACAGCCCCAUGGGUUCCAUGACCCCUUUCAUCAGUGCUCUUCAAAGUGCAGAGUGGCUCUGUAAUGGAGAGCCUUCACAUGACUGUGAUGGACCCAUCACUGAUUUGAAUUCUGAUCAAUGCCAGUACAUGAAUGGUAAAAACAAACAUUCUGUUCGAAGAUUGGACCCAGAGUACUGGAAGACCAUACUGAGUUGUAUAUAUGUUUUUAUAGUAUUUGGUUUCACAUCUUUCAUCAUGGUUAUAGUCCACGAGCGAGUACCUGACAUGCAGACCUACCCACCACUCCCAGAUAUAUUCUUAGACAGCGUUCCUAGAAUCCCAUGGGCCUUUGCCAUGACCGAAGUGUGUGGCAUGAUUCUGUGUUAUAUUUGGCUCCUGGUCCUCCUCCUUCAUAAGCACAGGUCAAUACUUCUUCGAAGGCUCUGCAGUCUGAUGGGCACUGUGUUCUUGCUUCGCUGCUUUACCAUGUUUGUGACCUCCCUGUCUGUGCCGGGCCAGCACCUGCAGUGCACCGGAAAGAUAUAUGGCAGUGUAUGGGAAAAACUGCACCGGGCCUUUGCCAUUUGGAGUGGCUUUGGUAUGACCCUAACUGGUGUUCACACCUGUGGAGAUUACAUGUUCAGUGGUCACACAGUCGUCUUAACUAUGCUGAAUUUCUUUGUCACUGAAUAUACACCAAGAAGCUGGAAUUUCUUGCAUACUUUAUCCUGGGUUCUCAACCUCUUUGGAAUCUUCUUCAUUUUGGCUGCCCAUGAACAUUAUUCCAUUGAUGUGUUUAUUGCCUUUUAUAUCACAACAAGACUCUUUUUGUACUACCAUACUCUAGCCAAUACCAGAGCUUAUCAGCAGAGUAGAAGAGCAAGAAUUUGGUUUCCCAUGUUUUCUUUUUUUGAAUGCAAUGUUAACGGUACAGUACCUAAUGAAUAUUGUUGGCCGUUUUCAAAACCAGCAAUAAUGAAAAGACUAAUUGGAUGAAGACUAUCUUUGUAAUGGGUUCAUGACUUAAUAUACAGUAAUUGUUGAAAGUGAAUAACUUUGCUUUCUUCCCCCAGGUUGUUCCUGAAUGCCUUGCUUUUUUACUUACGUGUUGAAAAAGUAUAGUUCCCUGUUCUGAGCAAGGCUCUGAUUGUAGAAAGCAAGAAAGAACAAUCAAGAGUCCUUACAUAUCUAUUUGAAUAGGAAGCUUAAAUAAAUGUUUUCUGUUCCUUGUCUUUAGACAGACUUAAUGUGGUGAUUGAAGUUAGGCUGUUACCCUUACCUGUUAAGUAUUUGCUUAUUGAACUGAAGCAAUCAGCUUAAUUCACUGGUUGAAAGUUUUUUUUUCCUCAGUAGGACCCUAGUCAAGAAACAUUUUUGAAGCUCCUUAUGAUCUUCAAUGGGUUUGAAAACCCCUACCAAGUGAGCAGUACUUGCUCUUGGAAUAUUAUAUCCCAAGGUACUAAUCUGUGUCCUUUUAAAAAAUGCAACUCCAAAAAGUGAUCCAUUUUACUAACAAAUGAUUUUUGCUUUCUACCAUCUUUGAUAAAAGUGUACUAAACAUACUGGGAUGUCCGAAACAAGAAGAGAAUGAAAGGGGCCAUACAUGAGGUGACAAAAUAUAAAUAGAGUGCUGGCAGUUUUCGCCAAAGAUCCAACAGAUGAUGCAGGUCUGAGUUUGUUCUGAGGGCUCAGUAUGACCUUCAGCAAGUAUUCCUGAGGGGGAAAUGGCCAAAUCCACACCAGUAAAAUUGGCUUAAUUUUAGUGAUAUAGGUAUCUAGAGUAACUUUUUGCUAUACUUGUUAGAUGACAGUCCAGUUUUAUGCUUUUAAGGAUGUUAUUAAAUGAGCAAAACAGUGGAGUAUUUUACCAGGUGUUAGGUAAAAUUCUUAUGUCCUUAAGUAGGGAGGUAUGCAUGCAAAAAAUGCUGUUUCUCUUUCUGAAAAAUUUAUAACUGGUUGCAGGCAUAAUAUAACUUUUUGGGUUUUUUUAACUUCUAAUUUUUGGCCAUCAAAAGUAAGCAGUCUCAGACAUAUUUGGAUAUGAAAAGGUUUUGGUUUUUAUUUUUAAGGACAAUUGUGUACAUAUAUUCUUUCUAUUUAGUCUUAAUUUGGCCACCAUAAAGUGAUAUGACUUAGUUGCUGUUCACAACACUAGAAAUGUAGUACCUUAAAUAAUUUGACCUCUGUGAUAACAUUUGACACUUUACUUUUAAUGAUUUUGUAUAGUAGUUUUCACAGUAGGAUGGUUAUGGAAUUGGAAUUUGAACCCCAAUUGAUUGAGCUUAGCCACUUGGAAUAUUAAUUGUAUAGUUAUUACAUUCCACUUUAACACAAGGGAUUAGAAAAGGUGCUGGCAUAAUUGAGGUCUAAAAUUAGGCCAUGUAGCAAAAGCCUGCUCCUUAUAUGGGUGAAAUAUUUUAUUUUUGCACUUUGAGUCAUAUUCCUCCCCCUCCUCUAUAGGCUACAGAAGAGCCUGAAAGGAUUGGGCAGGAAAGGAAUAUUAUACAAACAAGUUUCAGCCAGUGCUGAAUACCCGCAAUUUGGGUCGGCUCUGAACAUUAUUUUUAUUUCUCACUUGAGAAAUGCACAAGGCAAUUCACGUUUUAUUAUGCUGUAAGUCUCAUACUUCAGAAUGUUAUAAUAUCAUGAAUCGUUGAUUCUGUUGCAUACUAGGACAAACAUGCCAACAUUCAUCUAAGAAAAUUGCAUAAUUAUGAAGAAUGAAGGAUGUUUCCUAUGCCAGUUAGAGUUGUUUUAACCAUUGAGAUAGAAAGAUGUAUAACUGCCAUUUUUUCUGAAUGUCAGAACAGUACGGAAUUUAUCUAGGGAAGGAUUGAUGUUGGCUUUUGGAAAAAUGUUGGAAAGCAAUCUGUGGCAACAUGAAUUCAAGAAUGUUAAAUGGCUACUUAAUGGUAAAUUUCCAAACAUCCAUCUUCUUUCCUUCAUAUGGAUUCUAUUCUAGAACAAAACAGAAAAAAAAUAUUGCAGCUAACUUUACAGGGCUAAUGACAUUGCAAAUGCUUAACAGCAGACUACAAUGAGGAUUAUAAAAUAACUUUUCAACCUUGCAUUUAUAAUGUCUGUUGUGAGGAAAAAGUAAGCUAGAUUUAUAAUUUAUUGUUAUAACUACUACAGACAGUGUUUACAUAAAUUAAUCAUCUCCAAGUCUCUUUUUUUUUUUUUUUUUGAGAGGGCAUCUCUCAUUCCAAGUCUCUUUUUGGAAAACUUUGACACAAAUUCUUCUCCAUUUGUUUUUUUAAUAUGAAACCUAUAUUUUAGUUGCUUUUUGUUUUGUUCAGAAAUUUCCAGAUUCUGUCUUUGUAUUUUCUUUUCUUGUUAACAUCUAAAUCAUACAAAAGGUAGUAUUUACAUUUAGGGUGUGAAUGUGGCUAGUUAGAGAAGCUACAUGUUUUAGGUCUACAUAUUUUUUAACCUUGUCUGCAAUUGCACACUUGUGAGAGGCUUACAUCAUUAAAUACUGAGACGUCAGUAUAAAGGAACCAAGAAGGUUUUUGCUUUGGCAAUACAAACUGGAGGUUAUAUUCAAAGUCCUCCAUACAUUUUUUAUUUUCCUGAGGGUAGCAUUGCCUUUUUCUCUCCCUCCCUCUCUCUCUGUCUCUGUCUCUCUCUCUCCUCAGUCUCUCUUUCUCUCUCUCUCUUAGGGAGUAGGAGAUAUUGAAGAAGGCAAGUUUGUUGUUUCACCAAAUAUUUUUGGAGAAAACUUUUUUUGACUAUGCUACAGAAUUGUCAACACAACUGUUUUCUCCACAGUUUUCUCUAGCCAGAAUUUCUAGGAUAAAACACAGCUUCCAUAUGCUGGGUUUGUUAGCAUCCUUUUAAGUCAGAGAGCAAUAAGCUUAGCCUUAGAACCAGUCAGUUAAGUGUGGACUGUUCAGAACAAAAGACCCAUUGACUGAGAGACCUGCUGAUAGUGACGUCUUUUUUUAAAAGUGUUAUUUGUGUAUUCAAAGUCAUAUUCAUAAUUCAUAAUCUGCUUUGGCUAUGUUCAGCAAAAGGCAAUUUCACCAUUGGUUUCAUAGUAAAUAUUUUUUAAGGAUUCUUGUUCCAAAAUGCUUGACAACAUUAACCAUAUUCUUGUUUUAAACUUCCUGAUCUAAUAAAGUUAAUUAUUCGAUAGUCUUUUUGUAGACUUAAGUUAUCCCUAACUAAAAGUAACUAUAGUAAUAGUCAUUUGUCAGCUCUUUAAGGGUUCAGGCAGUUGAGACAAGAAAGUUCUCUUUUAGAAUAGUCCGAUUGCUUUCUUAAAUAGUAUUGGUUUCAUUUAAAUAGUUUUCAAAGCCAACAAAGCACAUCCGUUUUAAUGUCAUCUUUACUUGGUGUUACUGUAGUAACUUGAUGUUACUGUUAGUAACAUCAAACGUCAGGCUGCUUCAGGUGACCAUUGCAAAAGGAAAGAGCUUGAGGGAUUUUUUUCCUCACUCCUUUUGAGUGGCUUGGAAUGACUAAGAUUACUAUGGAAGUAGGUUUUGGUCCCCCUCUCACCUACCCCUCACCUUCAGAAAAUGCCCUAGUUUCAAUUAUCUAAAAUGUGGCCUAUAACUUUGCAUCAAAUUGAAUAAAAAAUUUGUGAAAUGUAUAAGCCAUUAUUCAGGUACCAGUAAAUUGGUUUUUAGAAUAUGUUCUACCCUAAAUUACCCAAAGGACUUUUUAUUCAGUGUACUUCAUGUUUAAGCAUAUAUAAGGAAGCUCUGUGCCUAAUGUUGGAGAAGGAAUAUUAUGUUAAUUUCAUUGUUAUUCUAGGGUUAUUUUGAUCUGAACUAUUGGAUUGUCUGAACCUAGCCAGGCAGUUGCCAAUAAUGUCAUCUUAAGAAUGCUUAAUUUUAAUAAUUUUUUUUUUCAGAACCUUUGGGUUGUUAAGACAACUGAAGUAUUUCUGAGAGGGAACAAAGGAAGUAGAAACUGGUACUUAAUGGGGGAAGCAAAAUUAGCUUGGACUAAAGUGAGCAUGUUUUAAGAAUUCUACCUAAAUGUCACCCCAUCCACAGAGAAACUAGUAUUACUUGAAGAUGUGAAAGUUCCUGUGGUAGACAUACCUUGAAGCACAGUAUUGUAUAUAAGUAAAUAUCGUGAUUCUAACUUAAAUCCAGAUUUAACUAAUAUAUAUUAUUUUAUAUCUUUGUUGUAUUAAAAUGUUUAAAAACACUAAAAAUAAAACGUUUAAAAGUUG